AUGGUGGCCCUGUAUUUUGUUUUAUUUAGUUUAGUUAGUAGUUUAAAUUCCGGAUUUGCUUACAUUAUAGGUGAGAAGAAGACGUUGGAUUUGCCAAUAGAGUAUCAUGUAAGAGGUGAAACUACAGAUCUGGUCACCGGCAUCCUCACGCCAUUCGAAGCAUGGUACAGUGAGGAAAACAAGAAAUCACGAAAUGAUGUGUACCACGGCUUAGUGAAGACUUAUUACAUUGGAGAAGAUGAAGAUCUUACAACAGUCUAUAAAAUUCAUCCAAUAACGACUGAGAUGGUCACAAAUGAGAUUCAGUGUGAAAAAGAUUACAGUGCAGAUGAUACACCUAAGAUUUUCCCAGCUGGAGACAAUUUUACAUAUUCAGGUGACGUGAUCUACUAUAACAAAGCAGUGCAAGUUUGGAAAUUGCUAGAAAUCGAUGAAAAGAGAAAAGAAGAUACUAUGUACGUGUAUACGAAUGAAGAUGGAGAGGACAUUCCAGUUUGGAGAGAAUUAAAGGUCUAUACCGAGUGGAGCGGUGCCAUAUCCGAUCAUGUUAUAGUGCAUUAUUUCGACUUUAAGAAGCCCAACUAUGAAGACUUGAACGUUACUUUAGUAACAGAGUGUGAAGAUGUUCUUAUAGUGUCUGGACGCCAUGAGCAUUCAUCAUCACAGGUGGAUGAAACUUUUCAUGGUUACAAGAUGCAACACAACAGAAAUUACAAAGGAGAAGAGCAUAGAAUGAGAAAAUCUAUAUUCGAAGAGAACUUAAGACGAGUAAUAGAACACAAUAAAAAGAACCUACCGUACAAGUUGACCAUAAACAAAUUUUCCGACCGCACUGCUGCUGAGCUGGCCUACCUCUCUGCCACCAGACCCUCAGAUCCUCUAGCAUUUGGAUCAGAGCCUUUCCCAUAUUCUGAAGAAGAGGUUAAUCAGAUGGUUCAAGAUUUACCAGAAAAUUAUGACAUGAGAAUUGAUGGAGUCAUAAGCGUUGUUAAAAAUCAAGCUAGCUGUGGCUCGUGUUGGUCGUUCGCUACAGUCGCUGCGAUAGAAGGUGCUUACGCACGUAGAUAUGGCGACCGAUUGCUAAACUUAAGCGAGCAAUCACUUGUGGACUGCGCUUGGGGGUUUACUAAUAUGGGUUGUAAUGGAGGUUUCAUAGAAAGUACAUACAAAUACGUUAUAAAACAUGGAAUCCCAGCAGAAAAUGAAUACGGGACGUAUUUAGCUGAGGAUGGUAUGUGCCGCUUAGAAAACAUGACCGAUGUGUACAGAAUCAAAGGAUUCGGUAGAGUGCCUCCACAAAGUAUUAACGCGAUGAAAGUAGCAUUGUACAAAUAUGGUCCAGUUACUGUCACUAUCAAUGCUGAUCCCAUUUUCGAUUAUGGGAAUGGAAUUUUCUAUAAUGUGAAAUGUAACGACCGUCCUCUAAACCACGCUGUGACAAUAGUAGGUUAUGGUGUAAGAGACGGCGCUACUUAUUGGAUCGUCAAGAACUCGUGGGGAGAAGACUGGGGGCAGGACGGAUAUAUACUCUUCUCUACUUUGAAUAACAAUUGUCAUAUACUCGAUCAAGCUUACUAUCCUAUUGUA